UCGCGGCGAUUCGGUUCUUCAUCGUUUUCAGUUCCGCCGGGCAGUCAACCUCGCGUCUCGCGAAGGAAUCCCGAGACAGCGUGCCACGGGCAAGGCGUGCCCACAGAAUCGCGCAGGUGCUCGUGCGAACCGCGCGACCCAAGAUCGAACUCGGCUCCAGGGAUUUCGUCCAGCACUGCGUCCACACCUAGAGGCAGCCCAGCUACGCCGUGGAUGACGCCGAAGGACUUGACGCGAUCGCGAGGCUCCAUUGAAAGCGUCUGCAAGAUGGGACCACGGAGCGGCCGCCUACGACAGUCCGCUGCGUGCGUGGUCGGCAGCUGUCCCAGCGUGCACCGGUCGGUCAACCAGCUCUUCUCCAACGUUCGCUGCGUUCGGAGCAAAUCGGGCCAUCACCAGGUGGACCUCGACAGGGCAUGCACGGCCAGCGCAGCCGAUGGGUGUCUCCACCUCUCGGAGCUGUCCCUGUGGAACAACUUCCUGUGGGUCAUCAUCAUCAAACUACGCGAAGGACGGCUGGGCCUGGCUUGCCAGCGCGGACGCGUGGUUCCUUUGGCCUUCAACAUGCGGCGCAGGCGGUCGUUCAUUCUGGUUCAUUGGCCGCUGAUUCAGCACCGCUCCAUCGAGUUCCUGGAGCAGCUCGAGUUACGGAUGUCACGAAAGCAGUUCCAGUUACGGGACGGCCUCGAGCUUAGCGAACACCUGAGGCACGCCAGGCCCUGCUACCACCUGUUGGACUAUCCGACCAGGGACCCGAUGGAAGCGCUCCGCUCCACAGUGACCACAAUGAACAGGCUGGGGAUCCUGAGCGUGCACUUCUCGUGCGUGGGCGUGAGCAUGCCGUGUGAGCUGCUCGACAGCUGCGACAUUAUGCGCACGCUCGUCUUCGUCGAGCACUGGACUGACGUGUCCAAUGCUGAGGCGUUUAUGCGCUGAGGCGCCGCGCUACGCGCAGCGCCAGAUCCACGUUGACGAGCUGUUCUCGACGGUCCACUCCCACUACGUGCUGACCGACCAUCUGUCCUGUAGCGCAGUCAUCCAGGAACUCGUCUUCAGCGGCUGUGCUUCAGACACGUACGGGAUGCUGGACCGUCUCGCAGCGUUGUGCGUCCUCGUGGCCAGUCGGCGCGCGACUCGAUGUGUGGCCAGGCCCCUUUGGCUGUAGUUUUCUCUCAUCGCGACGUUCUUUGACAUUUCAGUGUAUAUUAAAGAGUUUUCGUUUGCUA